UGGUAGGCGACAGUCCAUGGGGUCACAAAGAGUCAGACACGACUGAGCGACUUCACUUUUCAAGUAAACCCCAGGCCUGCUAGUUGUAUUUUGCCUCAGGGACUGGGAGCUCACAGAGUUACAGCCAGAAUAUGCAAGUGCCUUAAGUAUGCCGUUGGUUAAUUGCUGCAGUCCCCACUGGCCAAGUGCCUUGGAGACCGAGUGUACCCCCCUUUCUGAGCCCACUGCUUUCACCUGCAAUCGGCUCUCACCUGUCUCCGCAGGGCUCAGCGCCUCACUGGGCGACUGCAGAUCUAGGCAGGGUCAGGAGAGGGUUGGCUCGGAGUUUUCAGACUCCAGGAAAGCACCUAAGUGCCAGACCCCGGAUGGUUUGGAAUGUCUGAGGCCUGAGUCUCCUAACUGCGAGGCAGACUCAACCCACGGAGAGGUGACCAGGGCGACCGCCCCCGUCUACCAGUGAAAAAUCUGACAUAAGACCUACACCUCACCUUGGAAAGUGCAGUUCCAAUCGCCGUGGCCUUUGGUGCAUUCAGUAUAUGUUGGGUGUAAAACGGAGUGUUUUUCUCCCCCAAGCUGUAAAAAAACAAGUGCUAGCUCCUCUUCACUGCUCCUUGCCAAUAUGAUUGACUCAAUAGGUAUAAAAUCGUCACUACAUAAGCUGAUCACUGCAGAAAAAUAUCGACUAUCCACGGGUAGUUUGGAACCAGCGGUAGCUUAGAAACUACAGUAACUCCUACCACGGAUGGAUUUAAAUUUUGUUAACACUUGACAGGAAACUACAUUUCCUUGUGAAAGGACUUAUUUGGUCUUAAAUUAAGUGGCUACAGACCUCAAUAUACUCUAUGUUUUCGGUUGUCUCAAAACGUAGACGGAGAAGAUUCCUUUGCACCUUGGGGUAUCAUCCGGGGUUAACAACUGCCCAGCGGCUCCUACACGUGCUCAGGGCAAGGGAAAGAAGGGGAAAAUAAAAAAAGGGAAACUGCCAGGACUUAAUAUGUCUGCUCAAAAACACUUGGCUCUCCCAGGAAGGGCCUACCCGCUUCCAAAAUGUCCGCCUGCAGUCCUGACGUCACUCAGUCGGCUAGAUCCAGCCAGAAAGCCAUUGCGCUCCAAUCAGGGCUCAGGUCCCUCACCCACUGCCCUUGAUUUGCGUCACUUCCGGUGGUGCAGCAGCCAUUUUGUCAGUCGCCAGCGGAUCCCGCGCGCUGGAGAAGUGCAGUUCCUCCUGGUUACCGACUCGUCUGUUCUCCCUCUGCGCUGCGGGCGCCGUCGAAGAGCACUCACUGCAGACACAACGGGUCCUUCCCAUAGUACCGCCGCUGCUGUUGCAUCCGCCCGGAGCUAGUGCGCUGUCUUCCUUCCCUGCCACUGACAGGCACCCUCAGGGAGCCGCCGUCAGCGAUGUCAAGCGAAGAAAGCUACCAGGCCAUCCUGCGCUACCUGACGAACGAGUGCGAGCCGUACGCGCCAGGCACCGAGGGCAAUGUCAAGCGUAAAAUCCGCAAGGCGGCCGCGUGCUACGUGGUGCGGGACGGGACCUUGUACUACCAGCGGCGGCAACGGCAUCGCAAGACGUUCGCCGAGCUGGAGGUGGUGCUGCAGCCCGAGCGGCGCCGCGGGCUCAUCGAGGCUGCGCACCUGGGCCCGGGCGGCACUCACCACACCCAGCAUCAGACCUGGCACGACUUGUCCAAGACGUAUUGGUGGCGAGGUAUAUUAAAGCAAGUCAAAGAUUACAUUAAACAAUGUAGCAAAUGCCAGGAGAAACUCGAUCGCUCACGUCCUAUAUCGGAUGCUUCAGAAAUGCUGGAAGAAUUGGGACUAGAUCUUGAAUCUGGGGAAGAAAGUAAUGAAUCAGAGGAUGACCUGAGCAACUUUACUUCGCCUCCAACUACAGCUUCCAAGCCUGCGAAAAAGAAGCCAGUAUCCAAACAUGAACUUGUGUUUGUUGACACCAGAGGAGUGGUGAAACGGUCUUCUCCAAAACAUUGUCAGGCUGUCUUAAAACAGCUGAACGAACAGAGGCUCUCUAACCAGUUCUGUGAUGUUACUUUGUUAAUUGAAGGAGAAGAGUACAAAGCUCAUAAAUCUGUUCUGUCAGCUAAUAGUGAAUAUUUUCGAGAUCUUUUUAUUGAGAAAGGAGCUGUUUCCAGUCACGAGGCAGUAGUGGAUCUUUCUGGUUUUUGUAAGGCUAGUUUCCUUCCCUUACUGGAAUUUGCCUAUACCUCUGUGCUAAGUUUUGACUUCUGUAGCAUGGCUGAUGUAGCCAUCUUGGCUCGCCAUCUUUUCAUGUCAGAAGUUUUAGAAAUCUGUGAAAGUGUGCAUAAACUAAUGGAAGAGAAGCAGUUAACAGUGUAUAAGAAGGGUGAAGUACAAACAGUUGCGUCUACACAGGACUUACAAGAACAAAACGGAGGGACAGCGCCUCCCGUGGCCAACAGCACGGGGGCCCCAGCAGCUCUGCCCGCUGAACUCGGGGAUUGUGAGAUCGUGCUGCUGAUGAACGGGGACCUGCCAGAGCAGAACGGGGAGCAGCCUGAGCCCCAGGUCUCCUCACAGGCCGGAGCCACCGCAUCGCCUAUGCGCUGCAGAACUGAUUGCCAUCCUGCAGUGGGGUCUGGUGAUUUAGUAACAAAAACCAACCAGACAGAACUGGAAACUUUCAACAGCAGAGAAGAUAGCACAGUUUCUAGUACUCAUCCCAAGCCUUCACAGGACAGUGUAAUCAGUAGCUCUCCAGGAAACACUGAUAUAGGAAAUGAUACUGCAGCUGAGGAUGUCUGUGCUGACGACAUUUCAGAGCACAGGCAGGACCUUGACGAGGAAAACCUAGCUGAACCGACAGCACUGAUGGACCAUGGCCUGGAUGAUGACACUUACAGAAGCAGACUUCGGCAGCGUUCUGUUAAUGAAGGGGGAUAUAUUCGACUACACAAAGGAAUGGAGAAGAAGCUGCAGAAACGGAAAGCCAUUCCCAAGUCAGCAGUUCAACAGGUGGCUCAGAAAUUAGUUCAAAGAGGAAAAAAGAUGAAACAGCCGAAAAGGGAUGCUAAAGAGAAUACAGAAGAAGAAGCAUCCCAUAAAUGUGGGGAAUGUGGAAUGGUUUUUCAGAGACGAUAUGCCCUUAUAAAGCACAUCCUGAAACAUGAAAGAGCUCGAGAUUACAAGUGUCCACUGUGUAAGAAACAGUUUCAGUACAGUGCCUCGUUGCGAGCACAUCUUAUCCGACAUACCAGGAGAGAUGCACCUGCUGCAUCCGCUUCCCAUUCUGCGUCGAGUGAGGCGUCAGGGUCAUCGACUGAGAAGGGCAGGACCAAGCGAGAGUUUAUAUGCUCCAUAUGUGGGAGGACGCUGCCUAAGUUAUAUUCUCUUCGAAUACACAUGCUAAAGCACACGGGGGUAAAACCACAUGCAUGCCAGGUCUGUGGAAAGACUUUUAUCUACAAACACGGUCUAAAAUUACAUCAGAGUCUCCAUCAAUCACAAAAGCAGUUCCAAUGUGAACUAUGUGUGAAGUCAUUUGUUACCAAAAGGAGUCUUCAAGAACAUAUGAGUAUUCACACAGGAGAAUCCAAGUACCUUUGCUCAGUUUGUGGGAAGUCUUUUCAUAGAGGCUCUGGGCUUAGCAAGCACCUAAAGAAACACCAGCCAAAGCCUGAGGUUCGAGGCUACCAUUGUACUCAAUGUGAGAAAAGUUUCUUUGAAGCUAGAGACCUUCGCCAGCACAUGAACAAACAUCUUGGUGUGAAGCCAUUCCAGUGCCAAUUUUGUGAUAAGUGCUAUAGUUGGAAGAAAGACUGGUAUUCCCAUGUAAAAUCUCAUUCUGUCACUGAGCCGUACAGGUGUAAUAUAUGUGGCAAGGAAUUUUAUGAAAAAGCAUUGUUCAGAAGGCAUGUAAAGAAAGCUACCCAUGGAAAAAAAGGACGAGCAAAGCAAAACCUGGAACGGGUGUGUGAACAAUGUGGAAGAAAAUUCACUCAGCUGAGAGAGUAUAGAAGACACAUGAACAACCAUGGAGGCGUUAAGCCAUUUGAGUGCUUAACAUGUGGAGUCGCUUGGGCUGAUGCCCGAUCCCUGAAACGCCACGUCAGAACACAUACAGGUGAACGGCCUUACGUCUGUCCGGUGUGUAGUGAAGCCUACAUAGAUGCUAGAACACUCCGUAAACACAUGACUAAAUUCCACAGGGACUAUGUGCCUUGCAAGAUCAUGCUGGAAAAAGAUACCCUUCAGUUUCACAACCAGGGAACUCAGGUGGAGCAUGCUGUUAGCAUCUUAACAGCGGACAUGCAGGAACAAGAGAACAGCGGUCCUCCAGAACUUGAAACUGUGGUGGUGACAGGAGAAAGCAUGGAAGCCCUGGAAGCUGUUGCAGCGACUGAAGAAUGUCCAUCAGUAUCCACGCUCUCUGACCAGAGUAUUAUGCAGGUGGUUAAUUACGUGCUGGCGCAGCAGCAAGGACAGAAGCUCUCGGAAGUCGCAGAAGCCAUUCAGACUGUGGAAGUAGAGGUGGCGCAUAUUUCAGAAACAGAAUGAAGGUAGUAACAGAGAGAAAAAGAAGGGACGUGUCAUGUGCAUUGAACUCACAGAGCGUUUGUUUGCAAUACUGUGUGACUAUCUGCCUGGAGUUCGUAUGUCCAGGUUCUGGGCUGUUCAGUGGUGUUUUAACAUAUAACGAUUUGUCUAGCUAAUGGUUCUGUAGAAAAGUCCAUUUACUGUAAACAAAUUGAAAACAAAUCUAUUUGGUGGCAGUGGAUUAUCAUGGUAUACCUUUUAUGAAUUAAUGUUUAAAAAGAACUGUACUAAAUUAAAAAACGUACAGUUUUAUUUGCAUUUUGACAUGAUUAUAUAUACUUUGAAUUUAAAAGGCUGUACUAAUUGGCUCUUCUCUUUUAUUCUCAAAAUAUAGAGGUUCUGUGAUUUCAUUGGCCCUGUUUAUGGAUUAAAAAUUCUAAUAUAAAACAUUUUAGUAGGAGGCAUAGGUAUAUUACAUUGUUUUAAAUGCUUCACAUCUGUGGUUCUUGACUUACUAUUUAUUUUAUCCCUUUAUAAAGUCAGGGAUUCUUUAUUCUGUUGUAAAGCACUUAAUGAGUUACAUGUUGUAAUCAAGUUUGCACAGUGUACUUAAUCUGUAUGGGGAACCCUUAAAUGAAUAGCUAAUUUUUCAAAUGCAAUUCAAAUGCAUGAAAUGCCUAUUAAGCCUUACUAUGCUAACCUUCAAGGCAAGUAAAUUGACCAUGAGCAAAGAACACUGUUAAUAAUCUCUGUUGAUGGGAAAUUUCUCCUUGAUAACAAGAAAAUAAAUGGGGGGAAAAAGGUUAAAACUAGGUUUGGUUGUUUGCAGCUUUUGUAUCAUGUUUAAUUGUUCAAUUUUGUUAAAAAACUGCAGUUUAGAAAUAGGAUAACAAUAUAGAUAUCUACAGCAGUCCUGUGGAUACCAUAUGAUUGUCAAGUAAUUUCGGAAUAUUGAAAAUUCUUCAGUUCAACCCUCAUUAUAGUAUACUACUUAAAGGAAUUGAUUAUGGCCCACCAAAUUGUUAAAAGUAAAUUCUUUUUAAAAGUUGCCUGAAAAGUUAAUUUGUGUGUUUGAUUUUUAAAUUGCCACCUCUGUAAGCUAUCUAAUUUUCUCAUUUUUCAAAAUAACCAUGGGGAGAUAUCACAUUUCUCUCCUGGGAAACUACCACUCAAGUUAUAAUUGUUAAAAUUAAACUUCUAAGUAUUAAAAUAAGCUAAUAUAAAGUGUAAAAUUAAGAUAUAAGCAAAUCACAUGUAAAUCAUUCCUAAAGCACAAGAGAAGAAUGUGCCUUGAUGUAUAUAUAUUAUUAAAAUGCUUAUUCCAGUUUACUUUAAGUGGCUUAAAAGAAAAGUAAAUGUGAUGCCAUGCAUGUGCUAUACCUGCAUAUGUAAUAUUUGCAUUUGCACAUUUCCCAUUGUUUCGGUAGCUGUGUGGCUGACUUUCAAUUUUAAGUGGAUUGACAUACAGUCUACAGCUUUAUAAUGGCUGCUUGUUUAAUCGUAUGUUUCAGUUAGUGAAAAUGUAUUUCAAUCUAAAAUUUGGAAUUGUCUUUAUGUUCCAUUGUCACCACUGUUAUUAGAUUUAAUUGGGUAAGACCAUUAAUGUAUGUCAUAAAUAUGUAAAUAAAAGAUGUUGAAUCUUGUUUACAGCAUAA